CGUUAGCAGGUCACGGUCUAGAUGUUGACAUAACUCUGCUGACACAUAAUCGAAAGAAUGUUGCAUCGGUGACGAAAGCGUGAUCGGCAGUGUCAGUUCCACAUAACAAAAAUUACGAACAGCAAAACAAUGUGGAAUUUGUUAUCAGCUGCCUUGUUAAUGACAGCAGUUUGGCCGUCCAAAGUUGUCGAAGCUAAGCAGGAAAAUCGUCGCAAUGCACCGCACAAUUUUGGCGAAAUUCUCCAGCGAAUACACGAACUCAGAGCUCAGUCUGAGCAAGAAUUUCCCAAGCAUAUUCUCACAAGUUCUUAUCAUUCCAGCGGACUUGAUAUACAGAUGCUAGCAGCGUUGCUGGAUCGCGUUAAGCAGCUACAAGCGGGGUCUUUGGACGUCAACGUCUCCGAGAUAUGCCUAAACAGAACCGAGCACUAUCUCGGCGGACUGAUGAACCGGCAGUACUGGGCAUUGCAAAUGUUCGAUGCCACAGCGAAGUUGCCAAGUGGAAUAAUGGAUGGAAAAAUCACUUUGCUUGGGUCUUACAGUGAAUGUACAAGAGCAAAAGGAUAUGUCCAGUAUAAUGUGACUACUGGCCAGAGUAACGCUACCUUGGUCACUGACAAGUUUAGUGGUCAGUACUGCCUUGCCUCAAUCCCCAUACCGUGGAGCAAUACUACUUUAACUGCUCAGGGUCAAAAAAUUGAAUUGCGCAUAGGGGUGUGUCUUCCUGGAGGAUGUAAUGAACAAGAUGCCAAAGGACUAGUAAACACAUUGUUGUCAGUAUUAAGAUUGAAUACAACAGGGGUAUCGUCUGCCACGUGUCCUAGGCAAGAUGUUCCUUGGAGCACCGGAGCUAUAGCUGUUAUGUGUUUCGUUGGUUUUCUUGUUCUUCUUGUUGCCAUGGGAACAGUCUAUGACAUUUAUGUUCAGCAUGCGAUGACCCAGUUUAAUACUGUGCAGAUUAGGGUCCCCUACGAAACUGUGAAUAACAGCGCUGGCAACACAGGAGAGCAUGCGUUACGAGUUGGUGAAUAUGCGCCCAUACAUGACCAGGCCCAGUAUCCCACUGUUGUCAAUAAAUCUUUAUCACCACCAAGUUAUAGGGGCACAAUUCAUAAAAUUAUCAUAGCUUUUUCUAUGUACACCAACGGUGCAAAAGUUCUGAACACCAAGCAAGGCAGUGGCGCUCUCACUUGUGUCAAUGGAAUUCGAUUUCUAAGUCUCUCCUGGGUUAUUUGGGGACACACCUAUGCUUUCAUAGUGUUUUUUGUUGAUAAUCUAGCACCUGUUUACCAGGACCUGACAAAACGUUGGACAAUGCAGGUCCUAUUGCAGGGUACCUUCUCUGUGGACACCUUCUUUGUCUUAAGUGGUCUUCUUGUCACAUACCUAACACUGAGAGAGAUGAAGAAGGGGAGUGGUAGUUUCAGGAUUAACUGGGGACUAUAUUAUUUCCACAGAUUCUGGAGGUUGACUCCCCCUUACAUGUUGGUGUUGAUGGUGUAUGCAGUGACCACCAAAUACUGGGCAACUGGACCAUUGUGGCCAGAACAGGGAGCAAUGGAUCAGUUCUGUAAUGAAACGUGGUGGACAAAUCUUCUAUAUGUAAACAAUUUUGUACAAAUGGAUAAAAUGUGCAUGGGUUGGUCCUGGUACCUCUCCAAUGACAUGCAGUUCUAUGUUGUUAGUCCUCUGAUUCUUAUUCCUCUCUUUUGGCAUAUAGUUGCAGGUGGGGCUAUGUUGCUGUACUUCUUGUUGGCAUGCUUGAUAUAUACAGGGGUGAUGUGCUCCAUUCACAAUUUUGGACCAGGAUUGGCAACUCAGAGUGAUCAGCUGACCUACUUUGAUUUAGUUUACAUCAAGCCCUAUGCCAGAAUAGGGCCCUAUCUUAUGGGCAUGGUUGUAGGUUAUGUGCUGUACCUCACGGAGUGCAAGCCUAAGAUGAACAAGAUGAUAGCCUUGGGAGGAUGGGUUGUGGCCACAGCAUGUGCCUUAGCAGUCGUCUACGGUGUAUAUGAUGUAUACCAGGGUCACCCGCUGAGCAACGAUGUUGGCGCAUUUUACAAUACAAUGUCAAGAACGGUGUGGGGCGCAUGUGUUGGUUGGGUUAUAUAUGCCUGCUGUACUGGAUAUGGAGGGUUUGUGAACACACUGCUGUCUUGGGGUGCUUUUGUCCCUUUGGGUCGACUGACAUACUGUGCAUAUCUAAUUCAUCCCAUCAUCAUGUUUGUUGUUUACUCUGUUCGAGAAAGACUGAUAUUUGUGACAGAUGUGUCAGCGACUUACUUCUUUUUUGGUCACAUGGUGAUGACAUAUGGUUGUGCAUUUGUUGUGUCCAUGGUCUUUGAGGCACCAAUGAUGGGUUUGGAGAAAGCUAUAUUAAACAGAGAUAAAUCAGUUUAGAUUGACAGGAGAGUCAUAUGACUGUAAGCUGCUGCCAUCAACGAUCAUCUUAGACGGCGUUCAGAUUCAAACAUUGUACCAGCAGGAUGGAUCCAUUUCUGUGGGGAUUUUGGCUAAAUUGCAUUCAGUGUAAUCAGUUUAAUUGUCUGAAACAUUUCCUUGAAAAGCUAGGGGGUAAUUAACUUUCAUGUGAGCUCAGCUUAAUUACCUCCUAACAGCUCGCUUAGGUGUGUGAGACAUUUAAGCUGAUGACAGUAAUUGCACUUUUGGAGAAUCUCCCACAGAGUUGGAUCAAUCCAGCUAAUAUGAUGGGGUUUUUGAAUGCUCCCUUAUUUUGCUCAUAAUGAUGUAGCUUCAAUUAGCUUUAAUAAUUUGAUGGAUGUUGCAUUUUAUGUUACUGUUAAAGGAGACAUAUAUCUUUUCAUUGUUAUCUUUUUAGUCUUAUGCAUAUCUAUGAAGUGUGGAACGCUAUCUUGUUAUUAACCAAAUUUCAAUCAAUGACAUAUCACUGAAGUCUUAUGGCGCAUUUAGAACGAGUUGAUUAAUGUGGCAGCCACAUUUCAUCCACAAUUCUGUUAGUACGUGUAUCAACUUUGGUUGUGAAUACAGUUUUACAUGUAUGACUAUGGUAAUUCCAUGAUAAACACUUUGUCAAUUAUAAGCAUGGAUGUCUAUAUAUAGAGCUUCGGCACAGCUAGUGGCAGCACAAAAAACUGCCAUUAAUUUAUAUGUUAACUGAUUUAUUAUUAUUUUCAUUAAAUGAAUACCCUGGGUUACAAUUCUCAGAAGACAAAAUAACCUGUACUUAUCUAUUACUUGUUGAAAGCAUCAGCUGAAGUUUACAUUGGUCUCUGGAAAAGCAAGACAACCUUCAGAUAGGACAAAACUCAGGAUGCAAGUUAUCGUACUCGAUUCCUAAUCUGUCUCUAGGCAUUCACAAGCCUGAAUGUUUAUUUUUAAUGAACUUUUGGUUUUGUAUACCUCAUCAGGAAUAACACUGCCUAACCUUACAUGCCUUAUGAUCAGGAAUCAUUUUGUUUUGAUUGACUGAUACUUCUACUCAUUCCAUGGGAACCCAUUUACAUUUUUACCAUUAUAAACUAAAAUAGCUUAUAAACCACCUUUAACAAAGACACUAGACGUCACUGCUGGGCAAGACCAAUAGGAGCUAUUGUUCCCAGACUGUAGUUCAUAAAGUUAUUUAAAUGUUAGCUGAAGUGCUUUAUAUAUAUUUAUGUAAGAUUGAAGUUUUAUGUUUGAGUGUUUCUCAAAGUACAAAACUUUUAAUGUUAUUUUAUAUACAGAAUCAUGAUGAUAUGCAUUUACAGCUUUUAGUAUUUAUAUGAUAUUUUAGAUAAUUACUUUAAGCUUUUUUAUAUUUGCUAGGUAUGAUCGUUGUUUCUUCUGGUUGUGAAAUGCUACUACCCAUCAAGACAGAAAAGCAAGCAAAAUGUGCAAGAAUUGCUUUUGUUUAUAAAAUCAUUGGUUUUAUGGCUUUUUACAAAAUAGAAAAAACGACGAUUUACAACCUCACAUUGGUAUUCAUUAUAUAUGCAUACAUAUAAAGGGUGGAGCGCUAGCUAUCGUAAAAAUAGCUUAUACAAUGACUAAAAUAUUGUGUUAUAUUCAUCUAGUCAAUUUUGAGAGUACUUUAUUUUUAGGGUUUUAGACCGUUAUCAAAUUUGUUUGAUACAAAUCUGUCUCUUAUUCA